CUGACAACCGCCGGCACCGAAGGAUUUGCUGCCGUGUCUAGAGCAUAACGGCAACUCACGACACAGGCUGAUAUUUUCAAUCGGCAAUAUCACCUUGAACCUUGUUCAUCUAUAAAGGACGAUAUUCUCUCUGAGAAAUUUCCUCAACAAACACUCUCGCAUCCUAUGAUUAAGGCAUGAUGCCAGCAACAGAAAUCGGCCCGCCUAUCAGCGGCGUAACGCCAUCGUCUAACCAUCUUAUUUGGGAAGAUAUCUCCCUUGUUAUCAACAGUAUCAAUCUUUCAAUUUCUACCGUCCGCCGCGACGGCCCAUUGGAUCCCGUACUCUUCCUCCACGGCUUCGGGAGCACCAAAGAAGACUUCACAGAUGUAAUCCAUCACGCGCCCCUUUCCGACUAUCCUUUACUCGCCUAUGAUGCCCCCGGCAGCGGUACAUCCACCAGCUCUGACUACAGCGCCAUCUCCAUACCAUUCCUCGUCGCCGUAGCCGAGGCAGUUCUGGACGCUCACAAGAUCAAACGGUUCCACCUCGUGGGCCACUCUAUGGGCGGCUUGACAGGCUUGCUACUAGCACAGCGCAACCCAGGCGCGGUACUAAGCUUUACCAACAUCAAGGGGAAUCUUGCUCCAGAGGACUGCUUCUUGAGCAGACAAAUUUUGGACUUUCCGGCAAACGAUACGGAAAUGUUCAUCGCCUCCUUUAUCGAACGGACUCGGCGAUCGGCGGACUACGGGAACGGGAUGUAUGCGGCGAGUCUCCGUUCGAAAGUCAGGCCAGAGGUGGUGAGGCCGACUUUCGAAUCUAUGGUGCAUUACACCGAUACCGGGGACUUGUUGAAAGUAUUCGAAGGACUGCCAUGCCCGAAAAAUUUUAUGUUUGGGACAUCGUAUAAAAAGUUGUCCUAUCUAUCGCAGAUCUCUCAAGCUGGCGUGGAGCUAGCGGAGAUUCCAAACAGUGGACAUUUCGUUAUUUACACCAACCCCAUAGCGGUUUGGAACUCAAUUGCGAAGUUUCUGAGCAACGCAGUUCGAAGAUAAGGUAGCCAUUAUAGCUGCGUCCAAGUCUAGCAGAUG